CGCCGCCUGGCGCCUUGUGCCUACAAAGGGCAACGUCCGGUCAGCGGGGGGUUAUUUUUCCCAACAGGACCGCCCCCGCCUUGCCUGGCGCCCCCUAUCGGCUCCCCCAGUCCCACAGCGAGGAGGCGGAAGUGCGGAGGCUUGCGGCCUCACGGGCAGGGAGAGCCCGGGCAGGAGCUCCCGGAAGGCGGGGGCUCAGGAGCUCGGCUGAGCCCCGGGAGCCCGCCCGGCCCAGGGCUUGCUGUCCCGCCAGGCGCAAUGCUGUGCCUCCUGCUGCUGCUGCUGCCGCCGCCGCCGCCGCCGGCUGGGGGUUCCUUGGCUAUUCAAAGACCAGAUUGUGACCGUCCUGACCGGUUGAACACUACAAAUAUGCAAGAUUCUAUGGAGUAUAAAUGGCCAUGGCAAGUAAGCCUGCAACAGAAUCAACACCAUGUGUGUGGAGGGGUCCUCCUGGCCAAAGAAUGGGUAGUGACAGCUGCCAGCUGCAUUAAUAGCAAUUUGGAAUACUCCGUUAUGAUGGGGGACAUGAAUCUCUAUCCUAAUAACUCCAACACUUCCCAAGUAAUCCCUGUCCUGGACAUCCUCCUUCAUCCAAAGUACAGGAGCUGGAUCUUGAUAAUCAGUGACAUUGCCCUCCUCCGGCUGAGUUUCCCUGUGACCUUCACCAGAUCCAUCCAGCCUGUCUGUCUACUUCCCCCUCUGUAUGACUUGAAGAUUGGGACCCAGUGCUGGGUGACUGGAUGGGGUAAAAUGAGAAAUACAGUGAAAGGUGAUGAAGGUCAGCCGUUACCAUCCCCUUUGCAGGAGACAAAGGUCUUCAUUGUUGACCUCCACAAGUGUGACCGGUUUUACCACAUUACUCCCCCUUUUCUCCGAUACUUGACUUUUGCCAAGGGAUCUGUGGUAUGUGCUACAGGCCAAAAAAAUGAAACUCUGUGUCAGGGUGAUCCCGGGGCACCCCUUGUCUGUAAAGCUGAGAAGACCUGGAUGCUGGCAGGGGUGAUGACCUGGGUGAAAACCUGUACCCAACCCAAGAUGCCAAGUGUCUAUGUCAGCAUCAGCAAGUUCUCUAAGUGGAUUACAAGCCACAUGAAGUCCUCAGCCUCCCCUCUCCUGGACUUCUCCUGGAUCACUCUCCAUUUGGGACUGUUGCCCUAUCUUUUCUGAAAGACCCUCUCCUCAUUUUUCUCUCGACCUUCUCUCAGUCUCAUGCUAAAUUGGGAAGUACUCCUUUCUCCAACUUCUUGUCCCAUCUUGACUCCUGCUGCUUCUGAGAGGACUUUCCUCCUUCUCCACAGACUUCAUAGCUAGGGCCCAAGAAGGGAAGUAGUUACUAGAGAUAGAAGGAAGUGAAUGCUCUGGGGAGUGGGCAAGCCAGGGGUUCGCAUUAGAAGACAUUCAUCCAGGGUCUGUGGAACAGGAGGCAAGGCUCCAAGAAGGGCGCUGGAGGAGGGAUCAGGGGUCAGAGUACCAUCUUAUCAAGAGAGAGAAGGUCCCCUGGAUCUAUUGGUUACCUUGGGGAAACUUCUAAAGAAGAGGCGAAUGGAAAGUGUGGCUCUAGAGUGGAGAGGAAGACAGCCAUGAUUAAACUUGGAGAGAAUAACAGAGUCUUCUGCCUCUUCAUUUCCUGAAAUGGGGAGGAUGGGGUAAGGAAGCAAAGAACUGGGAGAAAAGACCUCAGGUUUAAUCCAGAAGGAAGGAAUGAUCUGGAGUCCCUCUGUGUGACUGGCUUUCGGAUAGGUAAAAAGGCUGGAGACCAUUAAAUUUGGGAUGAAAAGAGGUAGCUGGAACAAAGGUUAAGUCUUACAAUUUUCUUUCUUUUUUUAAUGUUAAACAUGUGCAAUUCCAUAUGUAUUUCUACAAUCAUCGUGCUAAA